UAGGUUGCGGUAAUUCAACAUGAAUUGGUUGCCAACCGCCGAUAAACCUCAUCGAAUAAGAUUUUGUGCCCUAUCGUUUAAGUUGCAUUAAGUAGCCUCCAUACCCGUUGGUGGCACUCUAGCUAUCCUAUUUGGUAAGCUUUUUAGUUUGGGUCGUUCGUGUAUUUUUCCUUGUUCUCUGGCCGCUGCGCGCACAGACAGAAUGCCGUCGAUUGAAUACGACGAUUCCAAGCCUAGUUGGGCCGAUCAGGUUGAAGAGGAGGGAGACGAAGGUACCCUACCCCCUCCAAAAGAAACCGUCAAAGGAAAUGUCAAAACUAUCACGGAAUACAAGAUCGACGAGGAUGGAAAGAAGUUCAAGAUUAUUCGCACCUUCAAGAUUGAGACUAGGAAGGCCUCCAAAGCUGUUGCCAGGAGAAAGAACUGGAAGAAGUUUGGCAACUCGGAGUAUGACCCACCAGGUCCCAAUGUUGCUGAUACCACAGUCAGUGAUGAUGUCUUUAUGGUGUUCAUCUCUAGCAAAGAGGACCUGAAUGCCCAAGAUGUGGAAGAGGACCCCAUGAACAAGCUGAAGGGACAGAAGAUAGUGUCCUGUCGAAUCUGUAAAGGAGACCAUUGGACCACCCGCUGCCCCUACAAGGACACUCUGGGUCCCAUGCAGAAGGAGCUGGCCGAGCAGCUGGGCCUGUCCACUGGAGACCCGACGAAGACUGCAGGAGACGAGCCUGAGCCUGCCGCACCAGCUGCAGGGAGCAAAACAGGGAAGUAUGUGCCCCCCAGCCUGAGGGACGGCAGCACACGUAGAGGAGAGUCCAUGCAACCCAAUCGCCGUGGUGCAUCUGAUGACAACGCCACCAUCCGUGUGACCAACCUGUCUGAGGACACCCGUGAGACGGAUCUGCAGGAGCUCUUCAGGCCGUUCGGCUCAAUUUCCAGGAUCUACCUGGCCAAGGACAAAAACACAGGCCAGUCCAAGGGCUUUGCCUUCAUCAGUUUCCACCGCAGGGAGGAUGCAGCCAGAGCCAUCGCAGGAGUGUCAGGAUUUGGAUACGAUCAUCUUAUCCUCAAUGUGGAAUGGGCCAAACCGUCAAACAACUGAGAUGGCGAUUACAUUUCAUGUAGUAAAAUGUGGCUCUGAAUAAAGACUUAAUUCCCUGG